GUUAUCUAUGCGCUGAACACGAAAAACGACGAGCACGAGGCGGCCAUCUCCACGCUGAAGGAGGCGCACGAAGAGGAGGUGCAGCAGAUCCUCUCCGAGACCAGAGAGAAGAUACUACAGUACAAGAGUAAGAUCAGCGAUGAGAUGGACCUGAAGAGGAGGAUCCAGUCUCUGGAGGAAUCCAUGGAGCUGCACGAGAGGAUGAAGAGGCAGGCCCUCGCCGAGUUCGAGAGCUACCGUCAGAGGGUGGAGGACAUGCAGAUCUGCACCGAGGCCCAGCACACGCAGCGGGUGGUGUCCAUGUCCCGGGAGGUGGAGGAGAUGCGGCGGUCCUUCGAGGAGAAGCUGCGGACGUUCGGCUCGGCGCAGACGCAGUUUGAGCAGGAGAAGAAGGCGGCUCUGGAGGAGCUGAAGGGCCAGCACCGGCAGGAGGUCCAGGAGCUCCUGCGCAGCCACCAGACCCAGAACGCUGACUACAGCAAGGACCAGGAGAAACUGGUGCAGCUGCACAAAGCCGAGGUGGACUCCCUGACGGAGCGGGUGGAGGAGCUCAAACAGGACAAGAAGAGACUGGUGGAGGAGUACGAGGCCAAACUCAGCAAG